CCGGCGCCGCCCGCCUGUCAGCGGGCAGCUGGGCUAGGCUCCGACCUUGUAGCGGCGCAGCGCCGGUUCCGAGCAGAGCGGUGCCCAGCGCGGGCUCGGUGAGAGGCAGGAGUCUGUGUCCCUGCGUCCCGGCCACGGCGUCACCCUCUUACGACUCACCUGGUGGCAGGUGUGGCCUCGCCCAGCUGGCAGUGAUGGCCUUGCCCCGGUGAGCCGAAGUCUGUCCCUAUCACCCGCCGGCCACCAGCCAGCAGGAUGAGGCUGUGGAAGGCGGUCGUAGUGACGCUGGCCUUCGUGAGCAUGGACGUCGGGGUGACCACGGCCAUCUAUGCCUUCAGCCACCUGGACCGCAGCCUGCUGGAGGACAUCCGACACUUUAACAUCUUCGACUCGGUGCUGGACCUCUGGGCUGCCUGCCUGUACCGUAGCUGCCUGCUGCUGGGGGCUACUAUAGGCGUGGCCAAGAACAGCGCUCUGGGGCCGAGGCGCCUGCGGGCCUCGUGGCUCGUCAUCACCCUCGUGUGCCUCUUCGUGGGCAUCUAUGCCAUGGCCAAACUGCUGCUCUUCUCCGAAGUGCGCAGGCCUAUCCGGGACCCGUGGUUCUGGGCGCUGUUCGUGUGGACCUAUAUCUCGCUGGCGGCCUCCUUCCUGCUGUGGGGGCUGCUGGCCACCGUGCGGCCGGACGCCGAGGCCCUGGAGCCCGGGAAUGAGGGCUUCCACGGGGAGGGCGGGGCCCCUGCUGAGCAGGCCUCCGGAGCCACGCUACAGAAGCUGCUGUCCUACACAAAGCCUGACGUGGCCUUCCUAGUCGCUGCCUCCUUCUUCCUCAUCGUAGCAGCUCUGGGUGAGACCUUCCUGCCCUACUACACUGGCCGCGCCAUUGACAGCAUCGUGAUCCAGAAAAGCAUGGACCAGUUCACCACGGCCGUUGUGGUUGUCUGCCUGCUGGCCAUCGGCAGCUCAUUGGCCGCAGGUAUUCGGGGCGGCAUUUUCACCCUCGUAUUUGCCAGACUGAACAUUCGCCUCCGGAACUGUCUCUUCCGCUCACUGGUGUCACAGGAGACAAGCUUCUUCGAUGAGAAUCGCACAGGGGACCUCAUCUCCCGCCUCACCUCUGACACCACCAUGGUCAGCGACCUGGUCUCCCAGAACAUCAACAUCUUCCUGAGGAACACGGUCAAGGUCACGGGCGUGGUGGUCUUCAUGUUCAGCCUCUCGUGGCAGCUUUCCCUGGUCACCUUCAUGGGUUUCCCCAUCAUCAUGAUGGUGUCCAACAUCUACGGCAAGUACUAUAAGAGGCUCUCCAAGGAGGUCCAGAGCGCCCUGGCCAGAGCCAGCACCACGGCCGAGGAGACCAUCAGCGCAAUGAAGACCGUGCGCAGCUUCGCCAAUGAGGAGGAGGAGGCGGAGGUGUUCCUGCGGAAGCUCCAGCAGGUGUACAAGCUGAACCGGAAGGAAGCAGCAGCCUACAUGUCCUAUGUCUGGGGCAGCGGGCUCACACUCCUGGUGGUCCAGGUCAGCAUCCUCUACUACGGGGGCCACCUCGUCAUCUCGGGGCAGAUGAGCAGCGGCAACCUCAUCGCCUUCAUCAUCUACGAGUUUGUCCUGGGAGACUGCAUGGAGUCCGUGGGCUCCGUCUACAGUGGCCUGAUGCAGGGCGUGGGGGCCGCUGAGAAGGUGUUCGAGUUCAUUGACCGGCAGCCGACCAUGGUGCACGACGGGAACUUGGCUCCUGACCACCUCGAGGGCAGGGUGGACUUUGAGAAUGUAACCUUCACCUACCGCACCCGGCCCCACACGCAGGUCCUCCAGAACGUCUCCUUCAGCCUGUCCCCAGGCAAGGUGACAGCUCUGGUGGGGCCCUCAGGCAGUGGAAAGAGCUCCUGUGUGAACAUCCUGGAGAACUUCUACCCACUGCAGGGCGGCCGCGUGCUGUUGGACGGCAAGCCCAUCGGAGCCUAUGACCACAAGUACCUGCACCGCGUGAUCUCACUGGUAAGCCAGGAGCCCGUGCUGUUCGCCCGCUCCAUCACAGACAACAUCUCCUACGGCCUGCCCACCGUGCCCUUCGAGAUGGUGGUGGAGGCUGCCCAGAAGGCCAACGCCCACGGCUUCAUCAUGGAGUUGCAGGACGGGUACAGCACAGAGACCGGAGAGAAGGGCGCCCAGCUGUCCGGUGGCCAGAAGCAACGUGUGGCCAUGGCGCGCGCACUGGUGCGGAACCCGCCCGUGCUCAUCCUGGACGAAGCCACCAGCGCCCUGGAUGCAGAGAGUGAAUACCUGGUAGCCCUGGCUGACCUCAACUUCACCCCCAGGACUAAAAGGUGUGCACCACCACACCCAGCUAUAUUUUUUUCUUAAGAAGAAAAUGUUUAUUUAAUUUGGAUGUAAAAAUCUUGAUUUAAAAUAUUGAUAUCCUUGAAAUGGAGGGUUUUAAAAACAAUUUUUAGAUGUAUUUAUUGUGUAUACAGCAUACUGCCUAUGUGUAUGCAUGAAGGCCAGAAGACAGCACCAGGUCUCAUUAGAGAUGGUUAUGAACCAGGCUGGUGCUCUUCCAGAGGACCCAUGUGGUGGCUCAGGACCCUCGGUAACUCCAGUUGCAGGAGAAUCAGUCACUAUCUCUGUUGGCACCGGGCAUACACACACACACACACAAAAUACUUUGUUUCCUUUUAAGAUAGGUUAUCUCUAUGUGGCCCUGGCUAUCAUGGUGCCUGCUAUGUAGACCAGGCUGGCCUCUAACUCAGAGAUCUUCCUGUCUCUGAAUGUUGGGAUUAAAGGUAUGUACUACUCCACCCAGAUCAUAUGCUUUUUAAAAAAGAAAAUCUUAACAUUGUAAACAAAAUAAAGCAUUAAUUUUGUCUCAAAGUAUUGAAUUUUGACAUUAAAAUUGUAUAGUUAUAACCAUAUCUCAGGGCAGGGGUGGCGCAUACCUUUAAUCCCAGCACUUGGAAGGCAGAGGCAGGUGGAUUUCCGAGUUUGAGGCCAGCCUGGUCUACAGAGUGAGUUCCAGGACAGCCAGGGCUAUACACAGAAACCCUGUCUCAAAAGACCAAAAACAACAACAACAAAUAUCUAAUUUUUAGUCGGUAACAUGUAUCUAUCUUCAAUCAUUAUUUUAUUUCCAUUUUGAAAUAUUUUCUUUACUCUUUGCCCAAAAGCCUUUAACUUUUUACCACUUAAAAAAACUUGAUACUUUAUUUUACCAUAAUUAUUUCUGAAAAACAAAUUGUUGGACACAGAUUCUUACUAUAUAGACCAGGCUGGCUCUCAACUCGGAGUUCUGCCUGCCUCCCAAAGUUCUUGGAUUAAAGACAUACACCACCUCUCUACCUCUGGCUAGAUGAUUUUAAUGAGAUGAUUUUAAAUGAAAACCCAGAAAAAAUUAGGGUAUCUAUCAGUUAUCAGUUAUAAAUACAGAUAAAACACAUUAAUAG